AUGUGGGGAGCGCCGGCUGCCCCGCGGGGCCACCCCGCUCCCCCCUGCUUGCUGCCGGUGACCUGGCUUCUGGCGCUGCAUGCAGGUCUGCUGACAGGGGUGAACAUCACCAGCCCCACUCCACUCGUCCGUGGCACGGCAGGCAAAGCGGCGCUGCUGUCAGUGCGCUACGCCAGCGCCAGCGCUGACAAGCCAGUGGUCAAGUGGCAGCUGAAGAGGGACAAACCUGUCACCGUCGUCCAGUCCAUCGGCACCGAGAUCAUUGGCAACCUCCGACCCGACUACCGCGACCGCAUCCGGGUGCUGGAGAACGGCUCGCUGCUCAUCAGCCCCUUGCAGCUGGCUGAUGAAGGCGCUUACGAGGUGGAGGUGUCCAUCACUGACGACACUUUCACUGGCGAGAAGACCAUCAACCUCACCGUGGACAUUCCAAUCUCAAAACCACAAGUGCUGGUGGCCUCCUCAACGGUGCUGGAGCUCAGUGAGUUCUUCACCCUCAACUGCUCACACGAGAACGGCACCAAGCCCACCUACACCUGGCUGAAGGAUGGGCGGCCGCUGAGCAACGACUCCCGCCUGCUCCUCUCCCCUGACCAGAAGAUCCUCACCAUCACCCGUGUUCUCAUGGCUGAUGAUGACGUCUACAGCUGCCUGGUGGAGAACCCCAUCAGCCAUGGCCGCAGUAUCCCCGUGAAGCUCACUGUUUACCGCCGGAGCUCUCUCUAUAUCAUCCUGUCCACAGGCGGCAUCUUCCUUCUUGUCACCCUGGUGACAGUUUGUGCCUGCUGGAAACCCUCCAAAAAGGAGAAGCGACAAGCGGAGACACAACCAACCUCUGACUACGCGGAGCAGGAUGAGGAGCGCCUGAAGCACGAGGGUGAGUUGGAGCAUGGCAGUGGAGGGCUGGGGGAACACCAGUGCUUCUGGCAUGGUGAGCAGCACCUUGCUUCCACACAGCCGAAGGCAUCCCACGGAGUGGCGAGCACGAGCGCAAGAACCCAGUGGCUUUGUACAUCCUUAAAGAUAAGGACUCGCCAGAGGCAGAGGAGGAUUCAUUGCCUGAACCCCGCGGCACAGUUGAACCAGGCUACACCAGCUCACCAGUACCAGCAGCCGGACGCUCACCAGGACCAGUGGGGCGUUCGACUCGCCGUUACCAUCGCUCGCCAGCUCGCUCACCCGCCUCGACGCGGACCCACCGGUCACCACCGGGUUCCCCGGCACGUUCCCGCGGCGCUCCACGGCUGCUGCGGACUGCCGGCGUCCACGUUAUUCGGGAGCAGGAGGAGGCCAACGCCGUGGAGAUCAGUGCCUGAGCAGGGGGGACUGUGCGCGCUUUGGUGGCAGCGUGCAAGUGAGCAGGGACACCAGCACGGCCACAUUUCUGCCACUGAGCAAGCGGGGACACCGGCACAGCCCUGCUCCCACCACUGGGCGUCAUUCUGCUCGGCGUAAAGUCACUAAUUUCCUAUUGAUCCCACCCAGAGCUCCCCUCUUCCGUCCCCCAUCUUCCUGGGGCAUCGCUUUAAUGGCUUUCUCGCCGGGACGAGUGUGCAGGGAGCGUGCAGAAAGCACAUGCGUGUGCAGAGAGAACAUGCAAUCAUUGCACGGAGAGAGUGUGCCAGAGGGUGUGCAUGGAGCAUGCAGAGAGAGCGUUGGAGCGCUGCACAGUGGAAGCAUGCAUGGAGCGUGCAGGAGGGCGCAUGGACUGUGCACACACGGUGCAUGGGGGCAGGCACGUGUGCAGCAAGUGUGCACACAGCGUGCACAGAGGAUGCACAGAGCAUGCAGGAGAACAUGUGGAGCCUGCAGAGAGAGCACACACUGCACAGAGUGUGCACAGAGUGUGCGUGGAGUGUGCAGAGUCCACUGAACCAGCACGGCCUUUGUGAGCGUGCCAGCACUGGGU